AUGAAAAUUCUUGAGACCCAAAUCUCUCAAAUUGCCCAAUCAAGUUCUUCAUCCUCCCCUUCUUCAUCUUCUUCUUUACCUAGACAAGGUGUCAACCCCAAGUCUAUGUAUGCCAUUAAUACUAGAAGUGGGAAGAUCCUUGAGAGUGAUCUAAAUGUUGAGAAGAGUCCCGAUGUGAGGAUAGGACUUGAGGUUGAGGAUGAGUCAUCAAGAGAGAAUGAGAUUCUAGAGGGAAGUGCCGGAAAGAAUGAGAGGGAUGUAGUAAAGAGCUUGCAUGUUUCUAUACCCUUUGUGGAUGCUAUGAAAGAGAUGCCUCACUACUCUAAAUUCCUAAAAGACCUUUUGAAUGGAAGGAGAGAAGUUGAAACUCUUAACCUAACCGCAAAUUGUAGCUCUAUUCUCUCUAGUAAGCUACCAACCAAAUUGCAAGAUCCCGGUAGUUUUUCCAUCCCUUGUUCCAUCAAUGAGACUCAUUUGGGGAAGGCUUUGUGUGAUCUAGGUGCUAGCGUGAGCUUAAUGCCCUUUUCGGUCUACGAAAAGCUUAAUGUGGGAAACCUUUCACCUACAAACAUCACCCUCCAACUAGCGGAUAGGUCCACAAAAUUGCUUAUAGGGAAAGUUGAAGACAUACCCCUUAGAGUUGGUAAGUUCACUUUUCCGGUGGACUUUUAUGUUCUUGAGAUGGAUGAAGAUGAAAGAAUUCCUAUAAUUUUGGGUAGGCCAUUCCUAGCUACUUCUAAAGCAAUUAUUGAUGUCAAAGAAGUUAAGACGACCUUGAAGGUUGACGAUGAUUCUAUCGAAUUUGAUUUGAAUAAGUCAUUGUCAAUGCUAACCUCACUGAAGAGCAAACCUCCUCAUUGCUUAGUGUUUUAA